AUGCAAUACCAAUAUAGCCAACACCUAUACGCCUCUGGAGGUAGCAUGCGUCAUGCUCCAUACCCCAUUCCAAAUAUCGCCAAGUCGAAUCAAAAGUUCUACCGUCCCCAUCACCGACCCGCAAGAGCGCCAACGCAGGUUGACGAUCGUCCAGCAGACCAUUGGCACGAUCCCAAAAACCUCCUCUCCAUAAACUAUGGCUCCAAGGAGCAGUUUCCGUACAGCAUCUCUUUCCAGCCGCUCUGGGGACCAUGCAAAUAUGGCGUUGCCUUGCUCAAUCUAGAGAAUGGGCAGGGAAUGAAGCAGGGAGAGGCCAAGAUAAGCGAAGAGCUGCCGCCUAUAUUCGCUCGGUAUCCCACUGGCACGUUAAUCAUUGAUUGGCCUGGUUAUCGUCAAGACACCUAUAUUCUCACUUUGGUCGACCCAGCGACACGCCGCCACGUUACCCGUGCUCAACUGGGGGCUCAAGUAACACAUUAUUUCAAGGAAUUUGCCAACACGCGCCAACCAUCUGACUACGACGAACGUAGUGAGGGCUUCUACCUGGGAGUCGACGGGGUCAGCUACGACCAGGUCCGUCUUUCCGAAGUUUACACCAAGGAUGGUCAUACCUUCCGCGUGCAAUUCGGGCUGGUUCCACACUUCCUCAGUGUUCAGUAA